UGGAGAAACUAGUGAUGGAAGAGUUUACAUGCCUGCUGUUAUGGUGACUUCCAAAGUUAUGGCAACUCCUGAAGUUUCAUCUGCACAUGAGAACAGUCAGGAGCCUUUUGAUGUUUCAGAAGUGGUUGCAGUGACCAGUGCAUCAACUUUUAUAAACAUUGCACAGUACUCUUCACAGUCUCAGUUCACUCAGUCUCAAGACUUUCUAGCUCCCACUUGGUCUUCAAAUGUCAAAGCAGACAAACCUUCUGGCCAAGAGAUCAUAGAUCAGGCAGUUGGGUCUUUUCCAGAGGGCACAGCUGACUCCAUACUAGAUAUUACCAGUGCUGAAGCUGUGGCAGUUACUUCUGGAGAAGUUCCAACCCUUCAAGAAGUUUGCCAUGAAGAAGCAAUUCAGGUCUUUGACCCCAUGCCUGAAGUCUCUUCACCUCAAUCAACUGAGGAUCUUCCUGUUGUUGAGACCACAUCUGCCUCUCUAAGUAAAGCCGGGAAGGUAGAUCCUCUGUCAGAAAUGUCUGGUGAUGCUCAGAGAUCCAUCAGUCUGAAGGACCCAAUUCUAGUGCAAACUGAUGUUUUAGAGGAAGAGGAUCAGACAGAGGGAGCUGAGGAGUUGACUGAGGAACAACUGGAUUCAAUACAGAGACUCUUUCUCGACAAGCUAAGGGAAUACUCUACAAAGAGCCAAGCCUCUGGUGGCCCUGUAGAUGCUGGACCAGAAUAUGAGAAAGCUUUAAGUGAAGAACUAACCAAACUCCAGAGACUCUAUGGGAGUGGAGUCUUAACCAAGUUCCCAGAAUUUAAGUUCUCUGAGCCUGUACUGGAUGAAAGCAGCUCAAAAUGAAAAGCACACCAUGACAUUGUCAUAGAAAAGUCUCAAGGGACGAACACUUUUCCCUAUACCGUAAUGUCUCCUCCCACCUCAUAAAUAUUCAUAAGCAAAGUUGUCUGC